CAAGCGGUUAGGUUAUCUGCAGUAAAUCGGUCGGAGACUCAAUUCCGUUUCCGAGUUAGGACGGCGGCAACGGUAGAGAUUCGUUUCUUCACGAACAGGGGAUUGUCGGAGCCCGACUGUUUUUUUUGGGUAGAUGUCAGGUAAAAACAUUUUGAGAAAGUAAUGAUAGCUGUUUUCUUGUGGUGAAAUGAUUAUUAGAAAGCAAUUUUGCAGCAAUUGCUAUAUCUUGUUUCGUCCUCACACCAAAAGCUUAUCUUCAGCAACCGUAGAGUCAAGUUUGAAUGACAUAGAAACCCAAAUUAGAUCAUUAUGUGAUAAAUCCAAUCCCCAACUCGAAGAUGCUUUGCUCCUCUUUAAUCAAGCUGUUGAAAAUCACGGCCUGCCUUCUGAAUCAACAUGCAAUUUUCUUUUAAAAACAUUUUCACAAUCAAAGAAGUAUAGCAUGGUUAUCAAUGUCUACAAUAAGAUGAAGGGUAUCCAAGCUUUUCGCAGUUUCUUAUCAUUGAAAGUUCUGAUCGAGUUUUUCCUGCAUUCUAAUAAGCCCGAUUUUUCUUUUGGAGUGUUGGGCACGAUGGUGAAGUGUGGUUUUCAAGUUAACACGUAUUGUAUAAAUGUUGUUUUAAAUGGACUUUGUCGAAAUGGUGAUGCUUCAAGAGCUGUAAAGGUUUUCAAUGAAUGGUGCAGAGGGUCUGUAUUGCCUGAUGUGAUUACUUUCAACACUCUCAUUACUGGACUCUGUAAGAUACAAAAACUAGAAGAAGCAUUAAGAUUGAAGGUUGAUAUGGAUAAGGGAAAAAACAGACCCAACUUAACUACUUACACUAUUCUUAUGGAUGGGCUUUGUAAAAAAGGUCGAAUGGGAGAAGCAAUGGAUUUGUUUGAUGACAUGAAGCUGAAAGGCCUCAAUCCAGAUGUUGUUACUUAUGGUGCACUUGUCAAUGGAUUUUGCAAAGCUGGGAAUUUCGACGAGGGAAAGAAACUUUAUGAUAGAAUGUUGGAAAAAGGAGUUGAACCGAACACAUUCAUUUAUUCAAGUUUGUUACAGUAUCUUUGCAAAACGAGGCGAUGGGAGGAAGCUAGCGAUUUAUUCAAUGUUAUGUCAGACCGAGGAAUAAAACAGGAUCUGAUCAUCUAUAACGUUUUAAUCAAUGGUCUGUGUAGAGAUGGAAGGCCCAUGGAAGCCAUGCGAUUAGUAGACUUAAUGGCGGAGAAAGGUGAAGAGGCAGACAGAAUAACAUAUAAUUCACUGAUCGAUGGAUUUUGUAAAUCUGGUAUGGUUACCGAAGCUUUAAGAGUCUUUGAAACAAUGACAAAAGGGAAUAAUAAUAAACACGACAUUGUUUCUUACAAUUCAUUAGCUUGGGGUCUUUGCGAGAAUGGGAAGGUUGAUGAGGCGAUGGAGUUAGUAUCUUUGAUGUUGAAAGACGAGAAUCGUGUAAAGCCAGAUCAUCAAUUACUAACAGCUUUAAUACACGGGCUAUGUAAAGAAGGUCGUCUACAAGAAGCGAUGGAGAUUCAUCGUCAAAUGAACAUGAGAGAAAUAUUUCCAUUUACUAUGCUAAUACAUGCUCAUUUGAAGAAAGGAGAUGUUGGUGAAGGAAUGAAGUUAUUGAAGAACGGGCUUGAAAUGGGAUUAGUUCUGGAUUCACAUACUUAUUCAGCUUUGAUAAAUGGAUUCUGCCGAUUGAGAAUGAUGAACAUUGCGAAAGGUCUUUUGAUUCACAUGACUGUUCGUGGAAUUCUGCUUACAACUCAUCAUUACAACAAGUUACUAGAAAUUCUCUGCAAAGAAGGUAGUUUGGAGGAGGCAAAGGGUUUCUUUUUAGCAAUGAGCAAAACAGACAGUAAGCCGAAUGUUGCAUCUUUUAAUACAAUAAUUCAUGGAACUCUAAGAGCAAAGGAUCUACAUUCGGCGAAACUAUUCUUCGAGGAAAUGCUUCAAAUGGGUGUGGAACCUGAUGUUGUAACCUUUUCAACACUAGUAAAUGGAUUUAUGAAAUUAGGACAUUGGCAGGAGGGAAAAGCCACCUUGGAGAGGAUGGUGACUUGCGGUUAUGGUCCUACUGCUGCUGUAUACGAUUCUUUGCUAAAGGGUUUUCUUGCUAUGGGUGAAAAGGAAGAAAUAAUUGGUUUGCUUAGACGGAUGGCAGCUGAGGGGGUUCGUCUUAACGAAGAAAUUACUGGUACGAUUUUGAAAUGUUUGUGUCUUUUUUCUGAACAUGAUAAUGUUGAAGAGAUCUUGCCUAGUUUUCAACAGGAAGUUUCUAAGGUGGUAUCAUCAAGUAUUUCAUGUAAUGAGCUUUUGAAACAACUUCAUUUGUCUCAUCCUGAACUUCAAAUUUAUAGUGAAAUGGUUAUUAGAAAGCAACUUUGCAGCAAUUGCUAUCUCUUGUUUCGUCCUCACACCAAAUGCUUAUCUUCAGCAACCGUAGAAUCAAGUUUCAAUGACAUAGAAACCCAAAUUAGAUCAUUAUGUGAUAAAUCCAGUCCCCGACUCGAAGAUGCUUUGCUCCUCUUUAAUCAAGCAGUUGAAAUCCACGGCCUGCCUUCUGAAUCAACAUGCGAUUUUCUUUUACAAACAUUUUCACAGUCGAGGAAGUAUAACAUGGUUAUCAAUGUCUACAAUAAGAUGAAGGGUAUUCAAGUUUUUCGCAGUUUCAUAUCAUUGCAAGUUCUGAUCGAGUUUUUCCUACAUUCAAAUAAGCCCGAUUUUUCUUUUGGAGUGUUGGGCACGAUGGUGAAGUGUGGUUUUCAAGUUAACACAUAUUGUAUAAAUGUUGUUUUAAAUGGACUUUGUCGAAAUGGUGAUACUUCAAGAGCUGUAAAGGUUUUCAAUGAAUGGUGCAGAGGGUCUGUAUUGCCUGAUGUGAUUACUUUCAGCACUCUUAUGAACGGACUUUGUAAAGAGGGUCGAAUGGGAGAAGCAAUGGAUUUGUUUGACGACAUGAAGCUGAAGGGCUUCAAUCCGGAUGUGAUUACUUACAACACUCUUAUGAACGGGCUUUGUAAAGAGGGUCGAAUGGGAGAAGCAAUGGAUUUGUUUGAUGACAUGAAGCUGAAGGGCUUCAAUCCGGAUGUUGUUAUCUACAGCACUCUUAUGAACGGGCUUUGUGAAAAGGGUCAAAUGGGAGAAGCAAUAGAUUUGUUUGAUGACAUGAAGCUUAAGAGCCUCAAUCCGGAUGUUAUUACUUACAACACUCUUAUGAAUGGGCUUUGUAAAGAGGGUCAAAUGGGAGAAGUAAUGGAUUUGUUGGAUGACAUGAAGCUGAAGGGCCUCAAUCCGGAUGUUUCUACUUACAACACUCUUAUGAAUGGGCUUUGUAAAGAGGGUCAAAUGGGAAAAGCAAUGGAUUUGUUUGAUGACAUGAAGCUGAAGGGCUUCAAUUCGGAUGUCAUUACUUACAACACUCUUAUGAACGGGCUUUGUAAAGAGGGUCGAAUGGGAGAAGCAAUGGAUUUAUUUGAUGACAUGAAGUUGAAGGGCCUCAAUCCGAAUGUUCUUACUUACAACACUCUUAUGAACGGGCUUUUUAAAGAAGGUCGAAUGGGAGAAGCAAUGGAUUUGUUUGAUGACAUGAAGCUGAAGGGCCUCAAUCCAGAUGUUGUUAACUACAACACUCUUAUGAACGGGCUUUGUGAAAAGGGUCGAAUGGGAGAAGCAAUAGAUUUGUUUGAUGACAUGAAGCUUAAGAGCCUCAAUCCGAAUGUUAUUACUUACAGUGCACUUGUAAAUGGAUUUUGCAAAGCUGGGAAUUUCGACGAGGGAAAGAAACUUUACGACAUGAUGUUGGAAAAAGGAGUUGAACCGGACGCAUUCAUUUAUUCAAGUUUAUUACAGUAUCUUUGCAAAAUGAGGCGAUGGGAGGAAGCUAGCGAGUUAUUCAAUGUUAUGUCACACCGAGGAAUAAAACAGAAUCUGGUAAUCUAUAACGUUUUAAUCGAUGGGCUGUGUAGAGAUGGAAGGCCUAUGGAUGCCAUGCGGUUGGUAGACUUAAUGGCGGAAAAAGGUGAGGAGGCAGAUAUAAUAACAUAUAAUUCACUAAUAGAUGGAUUUUGUAAAUCUGGUAUGGUUGCAGAAGCUAUAAGAGUCUUUGAAACAAUGACAAAGGGGAAUAAUAUUAAACCCAACAUUGUUUCUUAUAAUUCAUUAGCUUGGGGGCUUUGCAAGAAUGGGAAGUUUGAUGAGGCGGUGAGGUUAGUAUCUUUGAUGUUGAAAGACGAGAAUCGUGUAGAGCCAAAUCAUCAAUUGUUAACAGCUUUAAUUUACGGGCUAUGUAAAGAAGGUCAUCUAAAGAAAGCGAUGGAGAUUCAUCGUGAAAUGAACAUGAGAGAAAUAUUUCCUUUUAAUAUACUAAUACAUGCUCAUUUGAAGAAAGGAGAUGUCGGUGAAGGAAUGAAGUUAUUGAAGAACGGGCUUGAAAUGGGAUUAGUUCUGGAUUCAUACACUUAUUCAGCUUUGAUAAAUGGAUUCUGCCGAUUGAGAAUGAUGAACGUUGCGAAAGGUCUUUUGAUUCACAUGACUGUUCGUGGAAUUCUGCUUGCACCUCAUCAUUACAACACUUUACUAGAAAGUCUCUGCAAAGAAGGUAGUUUGGAGGAGGCAAAGGGUUUCUUUUUAGCGAUGAGCAAAACAGACAGUAAACCGGAUGUUUUAUCUUUUAAUAUCAUAAUUCAUGCAACUCUAAGAGCGAAUGAUCUACAAUCGGCGGAACAAUUAUUCGAGGAAAUGCUUCAAAUGGGCGUGGAACCUAAUGUUGUGACCUUUUCAACACUUGUAAAUGGAUUUAUGAAAUUAGGACAUUGGCAGGCGGGAAAAGCCACCUUCGAGAGGAUGGUGGCUUGCGGUUAUGGUCCUACUGCUGCUGUAUACGAUUCUUUGCUAAACGGUUUUCUUGCGAUGGGUGAAAAGGAAGAAAUAAUUGGUUUGCUUAGACGGAUGGCAGCUGAUGGGUUUCGUCUUAACGAAGAAAUUACUGAUACAAUUCUCAAAUGUUUGUGUCUUUUUUCUGAACAUGAUAAUGUUGAAGAGAUCUUGCCUAGUUUUCAACAGGAGGUUUCUAAGGUGAUUUGAGAAGAAAAUGGAAGAAUUGUAUUGAAUU